CUCCUGCAGUGGUUGCUUCCCCAUGGAGAGGAAACACCUAACGAGGUACUGGGCAGAAAGCACGAAGAAGAAAAUACAGGACUCCAAAAUUAACGAGUGGAGAGAGCAGUUCCCAAUCUUAAACGAAUACGAUGACAAGGACUUAAGCAUUUGGAGAGAAGCCUUCAACAAAAUGGACAGAGACAAUGACGACUUCAUUUCUCAUGCAGAUUUGCAGAAAAGUGAUUGGAGUUUGGAAAAAUAUAAUUUAUUUCAAAACUACGACAUGGAUCAGAAUAACCUCAUUGACUUUGGGGAGUUCAUUCAAGCGGUCAUCGACAUCGACACGCAGUACUUUAAAAAUUUCUUCCAGGGUUUCAGCAAGAUAGACAUCGAGUUGGAGUUCCAGAAAUAUGCCAUCACCGAAAAGGAAGAGAACAAGCAGGUCAUCCCCCUGACCAAGCUCAUGCAGAUGCUCAAGGACAAGGAGUUCACAUGCGUCACACACACGGACGCACAGAAGCUAUUCAACGUGAUGGAUUUUAACCAAGACGGCGCGCUCGACUUGGAAGAUUUCCUGGCGUGGCUCGGGAAGAAGUAGUACUUCCAAAUUUGGGAAGAUCAAAGAGGAAGAAACACACACAUGUGUAGUUACCUUCCCUCAUACCAGCACAUGUGAAGGAACUAAUUUUCACAGAAUGAAGUCAGUGCGAAGGGCAUAAAAGUAGUAAAAUUCGUAGGAUUUUUUUUUACACCAAUGUGUGCCUUGUAUAGACUGACCUUUCCCCCAUUUGGCAAAUGCCUAUGCACCUCUAAAUCACCAG